CUACACCAUCGAGUGCUGUGCACCUAGCCAUAACAACUUUACACCCUUCUGAAUACCCGCAUAUACGACCGCAUUCACAUCAUAGCAUACAACCCCUAUCAAUCAAUGUCAGCCAUUCCCGCCGGUCAGGACUAUAUUCUCGCCGUUCCAGCACCAGUUGGAAAGCUUCAUCAGGCGCGUCGUCGCCUUCUUCUCCAAGUUCAGCGCCUUGAAUGCUCCUCUGGACGUCCAAGGGCUGUGCCUCUCCUCAACCUCAACGUUCGCCAACGCUCCGGUUCUGACGUCAACGCCGCCGAGGUCGUCUCCACCGAUACCAACAAACGUGUUGCUUCUCUUCGUCUCUCCAAAACAGCAAACAAGCGUUGCAGCAUUGCUUCUGAAGCCUUGGCUGACAAUGGUGGCUGCGUGGAAAUGACGCACGGUACCGACAACUGGAUCUGGGACGCGUCGCCUCUGCUGUCAAACACCGACAAAUCAUUCAAGGGGUGGGAGUUUCGAGUCACCCUCCCUGGCCUUCACGGCGCCGACAACACUGCGGUCGUUCGCUGGACACUCGUCAAGAAGGCUCGCCAAGAGCGUCAGCGCAUGAUGACCGAGUCCGGUGCUUCAUCACCCCGCCCCGACACCCCGGCCCGCUGCAACUCUUACCCUCCAGUACGCCCGAGCUUCCAGUCAAUGCGUCGUCAUUCGUCGGCCGCCACACAGGGCGCUCCUCCGGCCAAAUCUGCAUACAACUGGAAAUUCACCAUCGUUCGUCUGCCCGGAUCUGCUCACAAGGUUUCUUCGUCCAACAUUGCUCAAGCUUACCUCGGUCCUCAAGCCUUACGUGUCUUGGGCCACCCAGCUACGAACAUCACGCAGCUGAUGGGCGAUGAGGUAAAACCUAUCAUGAGUCAGAGACGUUUCCCACCAGGGCGUGUUGUCGAGUUGAUCCUCUCAACUGCUCUAUGGGUUGCGAUGAAGGAGGGCUAUGUGAAUGCUACCGUACCACCAGCUCUCCCGCAGUGCGACCCGUGCGCCGAGCAGCAGGCGCAACAGUCGUCUAUGCCUCGCUCAUCCUCGUCACCACUCUCGCCAACUGGACCGCUUCCUGUACCCAGGUCGCCAAGAUCGCUCUCGGGUGAGACUCUGCAUGACUCUCAUCACUCUGCCAUCACCCCGCAGGCCACAGUAGUCAAGGUUGCUCCUCCAAUGAAAACUGGACAUGGCAAAAAGAUGCAGCGCAUCUUGACUGUCCUCACGCUUGGAAUGAUGCACACAAAGAAAAGGCAGAUGGCUGGCGCAGCUGUCGCUUGAUUGAAAAGGAAAGAAAAAAAAAAAGAGAUGGAAUUGGAUGGAACUUUUGGGUCGGCGUAUUAUCAUUAUCGGGUCUUCAUGCAUUUUCUAUUGGAUUGAAUGGGUAUGGCUACGGAGU